UGGGAAGUUGGCUGGCUCUCAAGGCAGAGUCUCUUCUCAAAGGCUGUUUCACAGUGAAAAUAUGCUCAGUGCAGCCGAGUGCAUGAAUGAAAAAGCCUCUGGUACCUUCUAGUCUGGCAAAAUGCAGCACAAAACUCAACUUACUCUGUCUUUUCUGCUGUCCCAGGUUCUGCUGCUUGCAUGUGCAGAAGAUUUAGAAUGCAUCCCUGGAUUCCAGCAAAAGGUUUUUUAUAUUGAACAGCCAUUUGAAUUCACAGAGGACCAGCCAGUUCUGAACCUGGUGUUUGAUGACUGCGAGGGGAAUAACAAAUUGAACUUCGAAGUUUCUAACCCAGACUUUAAGGUGGAACAUGAUGGGUCUCUAGUUGCACUAAAGAAUGUAUCAGAAGCUGGCAGAGCCUUGUUUGUCCACGCACGGUCUGAGCAUGCAGAGGACAUGGCAGAAGUUUUGAUUGUUGGAGCAAAUGAAAAACGUGGUGCAUUAAAGGAAAUUUUUAAGAUAGAAGGCAACCUUGGAAUUCCAAGACAAAAAAGGGCUAUUUUGGCAACUCCGAUAUUAAUUCCAGAAAAUCAAAGACCACCAUUCCCCAGAUCUGUUGGCAAGGUCAUCAGGAGUGAAGGGACUGAGGGAGCAAAGUUUCGACUCUCUGGUAAGGGAGUAGAUCAAGACCCAAAAGGAAUUUUUAGAAUCAACGAGAUCAGUGGGGAUGUCUCUGUGACCCGAGCCCUUGACAGAGAAGCAAUUGCCAAUUAUGAGCUGGAAGUUGAGGUCACAGAUUUAAGUGGAAAAGUCAUUGAUGGGCCAGUCCGCCUAGAUAUUUCCGUUAUUGAUCAGAAUGAUAACAGACCAAUGUUCAAAGAAGGACCUUAUGUUGGUCACGUCAUGGAGGGAUCCCCUACAGGAACAACUGUGAUGCGUAUGACAGCAUUUGAUGCUGAUGACUCUAGCACAGACAAUGCUCUUCUGCGAUAUAACAUCAUCAAACAGACACCCACCAAACCAUCUCCAAACAUGUUCUAUAUUGAUCCAGAGAAGGGAGAUAUUGUCACAGUGGUGUCACCUUCAAUGUUGGAUCGUGAGACUAUGGAAACCCCCAAAUACGAGCUGGUUAUAGGAGCUAAGGAUAUGGGAGGUCUUGAUGUGGGGCUAACUGAAACAGCAACUGCCACUAUUCUUAUUGAUGACAAAAAUGACCAUGCACCAGAAUUUACCAAGAAGGAGUUUCAGGCCACAGUAAAAGAAGGAGUCACAGGUGUAAUAGUAAACUUAACUGUUGGUGACCGAGAUGACCCCGCAACUGGAGCGUGGAGAGCUGUCUACACCAUUAUUAAUGGAAAUCCAGGGCAGAGUUUUGAAAUCCAUACCAAUCCUGAGACUAAUGAGGGAAUGCUCUCCGUUGUCAAACCUUUAGACUAUGAGAUUUCAGCAUUCCACACAUUGCUGAUCAAAGUAGAAAAUGAAGACCCACUGGUUCCAGAAAUAGCCUAUGGCCCCAGUUCCACAGCAACCGUUCAGAUCACUGUUAAGGAUGUGAAUGAAGGCCCUGUUUUCCACCCAAACCCAAUGACAGUGACAAAACAAGAAAACAUCCCAAUUGGCAGCAUCGUGUUAACAGUAAAUGCCACUGAUCCAGAUACUUUGCAACAUCAGACUAUCAGGUACUCAGUUUAUAAGGAUCCAGCAGGCUGGCUAGAAAUUAACCCUACCAAUGGUACCAUUGGCACCACUGCUAUCCUGGAUCGGGAAUCACCUUACGUUCAGGACAACAUAUACACUGCUCUCUUUCUGGCAAUAGACAGUGGUAACCCUCCUGCUACAGGUACAGGAACUUUACACAUCACCUUGGAGGAUGUCAAUGACAAUGUCCCAUCCCUUUAUCCAACACUGGCAAAAGUCUGUGAUGACGCAAAAGAUCUCAGAGUAGUGGUACUAGGAGCAUCAGACAAAGACCUUCAUCCCAACACAGAUCCAUUUAAAUUUGAACUGAGUAAGCAAUCCGGCCCAGAAAAAUUGUGGAGAAUCAGCAAGAUUAACAAUACUCAUGCCCAGGUCGUCCUGCUUCAAAACCUGAAAAAGGCCAAUUACAACAUCCCAAUCUCAGUGACAGAUUCUGGAAAACCACCUCUGACUAACAACACAGAACUGAAAUUACAAGUGUGUUCCUGCAAGAAAUCCAGAAUGGACUGCAGUGCAACUGAUUCCCUUCAUAUCAGCAUGACCCUGAUCCUUCUUUCACUCUUCAGUUUAUUUUGUCUGUAAGAACUCCUGACAUUUGAAGCUGUCCUACCAUGUUGCCGUGGCAACAAGAAAAAAGAAAACGUCAGAUCUGAAGACUGCAGUUUACAGUUACUGUUCUUCACUACUAGGCCUCAGUUGCUCCAGAUUCUGUUUAAUUUGCAACCUCACAAUCUGUCCAACUAUACAUUGGUGUUUGACAGCCUCUACCCUAACUUCCAUUUAUUAAUGGACUCCUCUUGCAAGACGCAAGGUUUAUGUGACUUUCCACUGAAUGUUAAAAGACCAUGACAUCUAAACUUGACCUUCGGGGAGCAGAAAACAGAUUGACUCCAUUUUUUUCUAACUGUUGACUUGUUGCUAUUCAACUGUUCAGAAAAUAUUUUGUCUGUGGGUUAGUAUUUGUAUAUGUAUGAGUGUAUGUAUAUAUAUAUAUAUUUAUAUGGAGAGAAGAGUUAUAGGACUGGUUUAGCUUUUAUAAAAUAUUCAUCUGGACUGUGCAAGUGACAAAGCAGAAUAAUACAGCCACAGAUGAAUUGUAGCUAUUCUGUAUGGCUAAACCUACUGUAUUUGCUGUUUAUGGUGUAGCCAGAAGGAGAGAGCCUAUUGCAAGCAUAUCAGUAAAAGAGCUUCAUUGUUGACACCAAAUUAAGCAGGCCCAAGGCUCUGCAGCAACACUUCUUGUACCUCAGGUUCAGCAAACAGGAAAUGCAAGUCCUCCUGGCUCAUUUCUGAUCUGGACUUCUUUCCUUAUGCCCCAUUUGAAAUUUAAGAUCACCCAGGAGCACAGCUCUUAGACUCCCCUUGCAGCGGGAGCAGUGCCAGGAGGUGAGACAAGCUCAGAUUUGUGAGACAGUGGGGAGUAGUCAGCUGCGACUGGCUCUGUGUGGGUCGCUAUCGACAGCAGUGGGACAUGCUGGGCCUGAUUUUAAAGGGGGUAAAGUCAGCUUCCUUUACGUUCCUGCAGAUAAUUAUUUGCUGGGGCAAUUUACAAAAUUUAAGUCUUUUGUCAGUUCUGCAGACACAGUUAAGUCAGUAGAUGUCUGCAUGAGAAGCUGAUCAGAACAGCAUAAGCAAGGUAUUUCUCAGAAGCACUGGUCUCUCUUUCAGCCUCUGCGCAGCUGUCAUCACACAUACAUGCGCAAGGAGGAAAACAGAUACCCUAUUAUAUAAAUAUAUUCACUAUAUAUAUAGUUUUGAAUAUAUAUAUAUAUACAUACAUACACAUGUACACACAGUUUCCAGUUAAGAGUAACAAGAGCAUUUCUUUGUGUGCAUAAACUUACCACACUUAUUUGCAGACAUGGGAAAAAAGGGUGUUCGUUACAUAGGAAUAUGAAUCCUUUUAUAUUCUGUGAGCAUGUAAGGCUGAAAAAAAAAGAAAAAAGAAAAAACCUAACUGUAUGAAGAUGAUCAUCUUGUCGAUAAAUUGUAAAUGAUCCAUCAAAGCUCACACCAAAUUUUUAUAAAUUUAACACAAAAAGUAUACUAGUGACAGACUGUGGCUUUUAUUAGAGCUUGCCAGUAACUAGGGUAAGGUAAGUGUCUUAGAAUAUUUUAAUAAACUUGCUUAUUUAAAGUUUAAACAAGAAAGCUUCCUUAUGCAAUAGAACUUUGCAGCUGCAUUCUUUAGUUAGCAUUUUUACAGUACUUAUGAGUCAUACUGUAUGUUGUCUUUACUACAGUGAGAUUAUGAGCAUAUCUUCCACAUCACAUAUAUGUUUCAAUAGUAAAGCUUUUUGGAAACAUUAAAAACUCCAACCAUACAUUUAGUUUUCCAUAAUGCUACACUAGAUAUUAAAUGUGUGUUGGUGGUUAAAAAUUGCUGUACAAUAGCUUUUCUCUGACUUCCUGUAUUGUACCAAAUAUGACAACAGAUUUUUGUUUUGUUUCUAUUCAAAAGAAGUAAUAACAAUGGCAACAGAGGAAAAAUUAGUUUGUGCCAGUGAGUUUCCCUAUCACUGUAAAUUUAUGGAUAAGAUACAAGCUACCUUCAAACAAGAACCUGUUUUUCUCUUCCAGCUUAACUCCUGCAGUCCUGGCCAAGUGAAAUCUCCCACUGACCUUGUUUCUCUUGCAGCACGCUCUCGGUGUUUCACUUUCCACAGUGGUGCUUUGAGGUUAGUGGGUGUUUCUGUUGAGCAAGGAACUUCAGGAGUGGGCUGUUAUGCAGCUGCAGGCAUUUAAAAAGGAAGUGCCUGGUCUCAAACAUUAACAUGGACAUGCUUCUAGUUCUCUUUCUCUGCCCAUGCCUUGUAAAAAUCAUGUGCUGCUGCUUUAUUGUCAGCAGUCAUGUCUUAUUAAAAAAAAAAAAAAAAAAAAAAAAAAAAAGGCAAUGUUUUCAAAAGGAAAAAAAUAAAUAAAUCAACAACUGCCUAACACUACUGGAUCUUCAGGAUAUGUGUUUAGUGACUUCGUCCAAGCGCACCCAAAGACGAACUGCACCCUCCACUUUUGUCUAUGAAAACUCUAUCUUGAAUAAAAGAAAUGAUAAUAUCCUCCCCCCAAAGUACUCUUUUUCUACUUGCUUUCUUCCUCUUUCUAUCAAGCAAAACCCACCUCUGGAAAAGACACCCAUUGCCAUUAGUGUCAUUUUUAUCAAGUACCACAUAAAGCUACCCUUUUCUAAUUUACACCAAGGUUCACAUAGCAUUUGGUGGAUCAUUCCAAGGACAUCCAAAACCAGGAACAAAGAAAAAAUUCUUCUACCUGGAACUGCACUAACAAUGGAUAGACUCUUUCUACUAAUUUGUGCCCAAGGACAAUAAAUCUUUCUUCUCAGAUAAUACUGCAACCUUUUGACAUGUAGAGAAGUCAGUACAAUGGCUGAAAUGCUGAGUCAAGAUGCGUCAAAGGCUUUAAUCAACAUUAUCACUUUAUCACUCCAACCAAAUUAAAGUCACCCAGCCUUCACUGUGUAUCUCUUUAGGCCUCCGACUGAGCUAAUCACUGGACUACCUAAGCACUCAAAGAGAAGAUGAAGCUGCCAUGUUAAUGUUUCUCCACCGUACCUGAGAACCAACACUUUAAUAAGUGACUGUGUCACGUUCUGUGGCAUUAUACAAAUGAGGAACCGCAUGAGAAUCUGAAUUUUCUUACCUGAAAAUAAGCUCAAAAAAUGCUAUUCAUUAUCUGAAACAAAGGAAAAAUAACCUUUUUUUUUUUUUAGUUUCUCACACUAUCGUGAAAAAGCAGAGAGGUUGCAAAAUUAGUUGGUGUUUUUGUUUUUUCUUUUUAGUUAAUUAUGUUUAACAUGUGUUCAGCCACGCUUGCUGUUUUUAUAAUACAAUGCUGAUUUCUACCUAGCUAUUUUGGUCACUACAAUGUUUAUUUCAGCCUAUGUUUGCAGACAUACAAUGCUGUCUGGUGUCAGAAAGGCAGUGAACCUGAUUUUUUUUUGGUUUUGAAACAUCAUAAAAUGUCUUGUGCAAAAACCAUUUCAAUUUAAAAAGAGUAUCUGCUGUUAAAACACAAAGUGGGUAUAACAAUCAGCAAGAGGAGUUCAUUAGCAAGGUAAAGGUGUCAUUUGUGGUGUACUUGCUAAUUGAACUCUGUACACCUCAUGCUUGUGCUCACGAUAUGCAUAUGUGCAUUUAUUAAUGUACAUUUUGUUCAGUAACUGCAGGUCUGAAGAUUAAAACGAAGGGAAGCCAGCUAAAAUUUCCUACUGCUUAGCAAGGAAAAUUAGGUAAGAGCGGAACACUGGCUAAUACACUUUCUGAGCCCCAUUCUCAUCUUACUUACACUGGUGUAAAUUAAAGAGCAAUGCCAUUAAUAGUCUUGUUUGAGCUUCAGUUAGUUGUAUUUAAAUUACAUUUUUAAUUUAAACCUCUCAGCAUAUUGUUUUUACUGGUCUGCUGUGAACAGUAAAGCACAGAUGACUCACUUCCUUCACCAACCACUUUAACAUGUCUCUAAGGAACCAAGCAUAAUUUGGUUUAACCUUUAUUUGAAGUGGCUGUGGCCUGUAGUCAAGUAAUUUGUCCUGGUCUCCCGUGUAGUCAUUUAAGUUAGGUAUCACUGUAAUACAAUCCUCAUUUAUUAAAUUGUGGACUUACAAUCAGUUCAUAGGAACCUAUGUUAAAUGUUUUGUCACUAGAAAAGGAAAGAUGUUAUAGUAACAACUUUCACAUCAUUGAUCUUUCCUUUGCAAGACUUCUUGCUGAAACACUGAGAAAAAUGCUGGGUUUUGUCUCAAUAGUGCACUUAGCCGUUUGAGACACAGCAGAAUUUUGUACACAAAUAAUUUUACACCUUAUCUAAAAGCCAAGUUUCUUUCUGAAUGGGUUUAAUAAUUACUCAUAUAAUUAAAGUUAAAAAAGAAAAACAAAACAAAACAAAACAUGAUUAAUCAUGUUAAACAGUCAUGUCAGCUUGAGAACAGCAAGUCUAGGACAAAACUCUGAUCCUAUCUUUCCUUUGUUGCAUCUCUAGAGACUCAGUUGUCUGAGAGAUAUGCUGGCCAAUGGUGACAAAAUGAGAAAUAACUAAAAUAAUAAUAAUUUUCUAUUAACUCUGAUCUAUAAUAUUUAGAGUUAACAAGCAAAGUAUUUCAUUAGUAGUUAUAACAGCUAUUCUCUUUAAAGCAGAUAUAGCUGACUAUUUAACUGUGUAAACCAUAUAACCCAUUGACUACACUGUUUUCACAUCAAGAUAUGCUAGUUGGUUUAUAUUUGUCCAAAUGAAAUGCAUACACUCAUCCACUCUCCGUGGAAAGUUAUUAGUUGCACAAUUGCUAUGUGUGUGUAUAUAUGUAGAUAUAUAGAGAUAUACACAUACAUAUAUAAAUAUAUAUAUAUAUACUAUAUGCAGAUGGAGACUAAUACAACAUGGGGACUUGGAAUAAGCAGUUUAAUCCAAUGAUUCAAAGAUGAGUUAAGAGACAGCUUGUGUUACGUACAUGUAUGCCAAACCAGUCUGAUUACAAAAAAACAACAAACUCCACACACUGAAAUCCAGGCUUAUUCCAACUCUCAUGUUGUAUUUAUGCUACCUGUAGCUGUCCCCUCUUAAUAAAAUUUAUAUCAUUUGAAGAUAUCUAUAAUUAUUUACCAACUCUCUCUCUUUUUUUUUUUUUUCUUUUUUCUUGUCUACAUAUCAGCUGGUCAUCAAAAGUGGAAAGGGAAGGGUUUAGAGCCAGAAUUCUGCAUUUCUCUGCUUUUGACAGGACAGAUAUUUAGGAAAGUUUCAUUAACCCUUUGACCAUUACACUCCUUCUCUGCAUCAAUAAGUGGCUGUAUUUGAUCAUUUGGGGGUAGAAAUUAAUGUAAAGAUAGACUAUGUGUAUGUACAUGCAUACACACACCACCCAGGACUGUAGAACAAGAGCAAGUCUGGUGAACUGAUUGUGAAUUCAGUACAAACAAGCUGUGUUGUUACUGCCAUUUCAGACAGACACCGCCUGUAAAAACAUAUUUGCCCCAUAACAAUCUCUCUAUCUCUCUCUGUUAUCACCAAGAUGUUUUUUAUGAGUUCCUUUCUUUUUUUCUUUUUUUUUUAAAGCUCAAACAAGGAGAAAAUAUUUUGUUUGAUUAAAAAUAAUAAUAAUAAUUCAGCUACUUUUCCAGUUAAUUGUUCCUUUGGGCCCUAGUUGCUGAAUUGCUUGCUGUUUCUGAGGUGUAAAUAAACGUUUUGAUUUCUGACGUGGUUGCAAAGAAACUUGUAAUUUAUUUGUGAAAUGCUCAAAUAAAGGAUGUAUGGGCUUUUA